AUGGAUAAUCAUACAAACAAUAUGAGCACUGGUGAAAGUACCAGUAAUAUUAAUAGUAUCAAUAAUAUCUCUUCAUCCAUUCCAAAUGACAACUCUUCUAACAAAGGUGGAUUAGUUCUACCACCCUUAACUAACAAUAAUAAUAACAAUAAUAAUAAUAAUAAUAAUCCAUUGUAUGUUGGUUCCGCAACUAAUGGUGUUCCAUCUGUCCCAAAUUCUAACUUUCCUAUCACAGGUAUUACUACAGAUCACACCAGUACUACUAAUAAUAAAUUAUCUUCUGUUGUCAAUACACAAAAUAAAGUUAAUGAUCAAAACCAUUCACAAUUCAGUGACAUGGAUGACGAACCUGCUGACGAAGAAGAAGAAGAAGAAGAAGAGGAAGAAGAAGAGAAUGAUGAUGAUGAUGAGAACGACAACGGUAAUGCUAUUAUGAAGAAUACUCAAGUCAAUAAUGAUUUGUCUACAAGUAAAACUACUAUUGUUAAUUCAUCUGCUGCUACAGAUGUUGCUUCUAUGACAAUUACAACUGAUAACACUAUCCACAACAACUCCACCACCUCUACGAUCACCACUACUUCUGCAGCCGCAGCCGCAGCUGCUACCUUGCACAGAUCCACUUUACCUAAUAAUAAUUUUGUCAGUGAUGAAAUCGUUGUUGAUGGAAUAAGAGAAUGGGUUCCAAUUCAUCUUCUUAGAAAAACUAAAGCUAAAUUUUGGACCCAUUAUUUGGGUAUAGAUAAGAAUUUAAGUAUUGUUAAAUGCAAACAUUGUGGUGAAAUUUUGGAAAAAUUUACUUCUUCUAAUGAUUCCAAUAAUACUACAAAUAACACCAGUAGCAAUGACUCUUUACAAACUACUAAGAAACUACAAAAACAUUUAAGAAAAAUCCAUCGUUUGGAUCCGCUUGUCUCUUAUUAUGCUGAUAAACCAGAACUUUUUGCUCAAACUAAUCCUUUAAAGAAUCAUUAUAACAUCCCUAAUAAAAGUUCUUCUGAUUUUAUGGCUUAUUAUAACAACUAUUAUGCUAAUAAUAUCAACAACAACAACAAUAAUAAUAAUAGUAAUAGUACUAACAAUUAUAGUCACAACAAUAGUAACGCUCGUACUACUGUUACCAACACCAAUUAUGUAGAUUCUGAUGGUAUCGCCUCUAUUGUACCAUUUAGUGUGAAAACUGUGGAUCCAGUGAUUCAAGAAAGACAAAAUUCUUUCCCAUUAUCUAAAUUAAUGGCUAUAAUUAUAGCAUCCCAAAAUUUAUCAAUCAAUUUCAUUAAUGAUCCUGCAAUGAAAUUAUUAUAUUCAAAAUUGUCUAAACCAUAUUUCCCAAACCAAUCCAAUGUCAAAUCUACUAUUAGAUACAUCUCCAAUCAAAUUAAUGAUAUUGUUAAGCGUACUACUGUUAGAAACGAUUUAGAUUUACAACUGAUCAUCGAUGUAGACAAUUUAUCUACUGAUUUGUCUGAAAGAUCCAAUUUCUUAACUAAUAGAUUACAUUUCUUCUUAACUGAAAUUAACAAGAUCACUCUAUUUUCAUUGACAUCAAAUGUUUGGAAUAAUAAAUUGAGUAAAGAAAGAUAUCCAAUUAACGUUCUCUCUUUACAAUACUAUGAUAUGUAUAACAACAGUUUGAAAACAAUCCCAUUGAAUUUAAAAUUAUCUAAAUCUAACCUGAUCAAUACCAUCACUGUAAGAAAUCAAUUGUUAGAUGCUUAUCAAAGGAUUCCAACUUUGAGUAAGUCAACUUUAUCCUUGACUGUCUCUAGACCAGAUUUGACUCAUACGGGUCACUUAGGUUAUUCUAAUAUCUUACAUGGUGAUAAUAUUCCAAUCCAUAAUUGUAUUAUAUCUAUUCUAUCUGAAAUUGUUAAACCCAUCUUUACUGAUAAUAAUACAUCGGCAAAUGUAACUUCUUCUUUUACAGAAACACCAGUAAACAGUAAUAAUAAUAUUAGUAAUGGCAAUGGUAUAACUGGCAACUCAUUAUUGGACCCACAAAAUACAAUGACAGUAUCCGCAGCCAAUGAAAAUGAUGCUAACUGUUUCAAACCUAAAAAUUACUAUUCUAAUGACGCUGAGCAACAUCUGUUGGAUGCUUGUGUGGACCUUUCUAAUGUAAAGAUUUCUAAUAACACACAAUCAAUUUUUAAUAGAAUCAGCCAGUUUUAUGAUGAGUUAAAUUCUAAUCCAUGGCAGUUAGAAAGAUUCGACCAAAUGUACAAGGAUACUUUCAAUGAGAUCAAUGGCCCAAUUUUACAAAGAUUCGACAAAUAUUUCUAUUCGACAGCACAAUCCACAUUAGAGACUUUUAUUAAUUUGAAACAAAUUAUUUUAAAUAUUCAAACUGGUUUACAAUGUGAAAAUUUCAAAGAAAUUGAUUUUGAUGUUAUUUCAGUACUACUAGAUUUCAUUAAAUCAAUUAAUAAAUUGAUCAUAUUUUUUGGUGCUACCAAAAAAUUGAAUUUCAUCUAUAUCCUUUUUACAAUUUUAUCAAUCGAAAAGCAAUUGACUGAAAUCAUCGAUGAUUGUAAGAUUCAAACCUUAGUCACCAUCUUUAGAAGAAUCCAAACUGUUCUUCUAAAAUAUAAGAAAUCAUUAUUGGAUGAUAAAAUGAAUCAGUUAGCAUUAUUCUGCUGUCCUGCCACUUUAUUUGAUAGAGACAUUCUAGAAUACGUUUUCAAAACUGUAUCCUUAUCUGAAAUUGUUAAUAAGGUUGGUAAGAUUAUUCGUAGUAUUAUUAAGAGAUUCAUUACAGUCGAAUUUAUUUCUAAUAGCAACAAUAAUAAUACUAGUAAUGUUAGUGGCAAUGGGGAUAAUAAUCAAUCAACUUCUGGUUCCAAUUUGUUAAAUGAUAAUAACACUAAUAUUAAUAACCUUAAUCGUAGAUUUUUCAAUGGCAAUGAAAACAAGAUUAUUGAAACAGAAAUUGAUUCAAUCUUAGAUCAUAUAAUCAAUGAAGAUUUAUACGAAUACUUGUCUACCGUUAAUACUAUUGUACCAUUGUCUUACAAAGCUUACUGUGAACAAACUGGAUAUGUUCGUGUUGAAGGCCAUUUUAAGAAGAUAAUUGAUAAUUCAAACAAUACUGAAGACAUGACAGAAGUAGACCAACUGUUAGAUAUUCAUAUCCCAGUUUGUACUGCAUUUUGGGACCAAUAUUUGGCCAAUGAUGCAGGUAAAAUUGUUAGAUUACUGUUAAAGAUUAUGAUAACUGAAUCUUCAACUUCUAGAAGAAUUGAAUAUGAGUUUUUAAAUAAUUUUAUUCCAAAACUAGGUGAUGAUUAUUUAGAGGAUAUUGUUAAGAUCAGAUUAUUCAAUGAACAAUUUUCUGCUGGUAAAGUUGAUUAUGAUGUGGAUACAUUGGCUACUAUAGCUCAAUAUGACUGA